UGUAUGUAUGUAUGUAUGUAUGUAUGUAUGUAUGUAUGUAUGUAUGUAUAUUAGUUCCUGUGGUGUGGUGUGGAUGUCAUUCAUAUCAUCAUAUAUAUCAUGCAGCCUUUCUCCUCCUCUCCAUCUCUCCCCUUCUCCUUCAUCCAUCCAUUUAUAUCUCUACUGUUUGUUAAAACAUAGCCAUUUUGCUUGCCCUCUUUCCUUUUGAUCCCUUCCCUUUCUCUCUCUCUCCCUCUCUGUGUGUUUUACGACAUUUUUAGAUUCGAUUCCAUUUCUUGAUCAUAAUUCCACUCCAGAUUUUGAUUCUUGAUUACAUCUUCCAUCUGGGUUUUCGGUUUUAUCAACUGGGUUUGUGGUUUUUUCCUCUUGUAAUUAAGAUUUUUUGUUUUUGUUUUGUUUUGGUCCUCGAUCGAUCGUGGUGUGUCAUUACGUGGAAAAAAAAAAUUAUACUUUGGGGGUGUUGCCUUGUCUUAAUGGCACAACUCCCUCCCAAAAUCCCAAACAUGUCUCCUCAUCAUUGGCCUGACUUCUCCUCCCAAAAGCUCCCCUCCCUCGCCGCCGCCGGUCAAAACCCGUCGUGGGUCGACGAUUUCCUCGACUUCUCCGCCGCUCGCCGCGGCUCCCACCGCCGCUCCAUCAGCGACUCCAUCGCCUUCCUCGAAGCCCCCGUCUCCGUCUCCGGCCACCACAACCACCACCCCUCCUUCGACCGGUUCGACGAUGACCAGUUCAUCUCCAUGUUUUCCGACGACCCUCCCGACAACGACAACAACAAUGUCGGCUCGUCCUCCAAUACCUCCUCACCGUCCGAUCAUAACAGCGUCAACGACGAGACCAAAGAGCCACCGUCCGAUUAUCACCGCAAGGACAUGACCCAUCACAUCGGCGGCAGCGGGGGCGAAGCGGAGGAAGUGCAGAGCCAAUGCAAGACGGAGCCACAGGAGGUUCCACCUUUGAAUUCCGACUCCACCUUAAACUCCGGCAAUCGGAUUUUCGAUCCCAAGAGGGUCAAGAGGAUUUUGGCUAACCGGCAAUCCGCCCAAAGAUCACGGGUGAGGAAACUGCAAUAUAUAUCGGAGCUCGAACGCAGCGUUACCUCGUUGCAGGCGGAAGUGUCGGAGUUAUCGCCAAGAGUUGCGUUCUUGGAUCACCAGCGAUUGCUUCUGAACGUCGACAACAGUGCUCUCAAGCAAAGAAUCGCAGCUUUGGCCCAAGAUAAGAUUUUCAAAGACGCACAUCAAGAAGCACUGAAGAGAGAGAUAGAGAGACUGAGAACAGUGUAUCAUCAGCAAAAGACAAAGAAGAUGGAGAAUGCAUGUCAGUCUCCGGCCGCCGCCGACGUCAAGCCCUCCGGCGAGACAGAGCAACUUCUCAAUGCCUUAAAUUAACUCCAUCCGAUCACUAUCUAAUCGCUCUCUCUCUUUAAUGAUAAAAUCUCUUUAUCUCAAGAAUUCAAGAAUAUUUUUUAAUAAAAAUUUAUCACAUUUUUCAAGCUGUGAUGAAAUGUAUAUCAAUUUAUUUUAAAUUUCAAUUUUUUUAUGUAUUUUUUGGUGAUGAGUGAAGGGCGUCGAUUGUUUGUUUGUGUAAAGAACUUAGCUGAUUUCUUUUUCGGUUUAUUCCCCCUUUUUUUGUAGGUGUCUAAUUAAGCGUUAUUUUGUACUAAUUAAUAUUAGAUUAUUCGUCUC